ACCACGAACAGAGACAGACCAGUUCUCUGGUGACUCUCUGCUCUUCGUUCCAAUGGGUCUCCUCAUGUCUGCUUGGCUGUGUGGCCGAGCUCCUGACUGCACUCCAUCUUCUUUCGCCUUCGUCCCGCUCGCCGUCCCGACCUCCUCACGCCUCGCACUCACUCUGAACUCUAGUCCAGUUUCCCCAGGAGACAGACGCUCACACUGGAGCUCGUCCCACCGCUCUCCUCACUUCCUGCUCUCUCCCUGCAAACAGGAAGUGAUGCGCUCACCUGCGGAGCUCAGCAGCGAUGGUGUGAGGGCGGAGGCCGGGGUGAAGAGCGGCCUUCAUGUGUGGGAGCUAAUGUGGAGUCCCAAACACAGAGGAAGUCAUGCAGUAAUGGGGGUUUCAAGGCAGGACUGUCCUUUGCAAGACUCUGGAUAUAAAGUGCUGGUGGGAGGAGACUCUCAGUCUUGGGGAUGGGAACUUAAAACCAAUCAGCUCUGGCAUAGUGGGCAGACUUUAGAGUGCUACCCAGGUAAAAAGAGGAGGAGGUGCCUCUCUCAGGCUGCAAGCAUUUCAAAACCACAAUCCAUCAGUUCUGUCAAAGAGGCGGAGACGCCUUUUCUCAUUCCUGAGCGUGUCCUGCUGGUCCUGGAUGCCGACGCAGGGACUCUGGGGUUUGUUGUUGACGGCAGCUUCCUUGGUGUAGCAUUUAAGGGCCUUCCCACUGGGGUGGAACUGUUCCCAGCAAUAAGCAGCGUGAGAGGAGGAGCCAGCAUACGACUACGCUAUCUGAACGGCACCACAUGUAAUCCCCCGGCCCUGAUGGCUUUAUGUGGACUGUCAGUUCUUCAGUACUUAGGACAGCGAAGACAGAAUCAAACAGACAAAUUGCCUUUACCACCUCUCCUCCAGCGUUACCUGCUUUCAUGCAAAUAG